UUUAAAAGUAGCGAGAUGCUAAAAAAAACUGAAACGAUAGCUCCUAACGAAGCUGCCAAUAAAUAUACUAUUCAUGGGGAUAAUAUUCUUAUACAAUGUGAUCUUAUACCAUUUAAACAAAGCUCAGGAAAUGAUAAGGUGAUAGUAGAGAAUUUAGCCAAUUAUCAAUGGGAAACAAAAUGGCUCAAUGGAGAUUUAGUUGAUUGCCAAAGAAAAUUAAAAUUCGUAGCUUAUCCCCUUAAAAGUAAUGAUAACUCUUGUGGUAUUAGGAUUAUGCAAAAUCAAACCAAAAUUAAACCCCUGUUGAAGAGUUCUUGUGAUUUUAUAUGUGAUGUAUCCUUUUCACAACAUGUAUAUGUGACUUCAGACUCACAGAUUUGUAAAUUAGCUUACAUAGAUGCCAAAUCUAACACAUUUGUUUACGAUAUAUGCAUGAUUAAAAACACUCUUUCUGAUUCAUCUGAUGAGUACUCUUACAAUUGCAUUCCUUUAUAUCAUAUGAUUCCCUCUGGUCAGACAUUCCAUGAGGGUGAUUUGAGCCAUCAAGAAAACAGGCUUCCUUUAAGAGUUAUCUGGAAAGAUUUAUCAGCUCAAUCACAAAUCCGACAAAUCCUCCUCAUUAUACUUGCCAAAGAGUUACUUAUUAUUGAUUUCACAAUGACAGAAGACUUGGAAAAAGGUGAUGCCAAAAUAUUUCAAUUUAUUACUUAUGCAGACAUUGCUCUUCCUGGGAGCACAAAUGAUCUAAUAAAAAUUAUUCACAAGCUGACAGCCUAUGGGGCUGAUAAUACUGCCAAUCAUAAUGAUAUCCCUUAUAUGAUAGGUGCCGAUAUUAAUUCUGAUGGUUCUUCUUUGGCAGUUUUUUAUCAAGAUGGCCAUGUCAAAUUUUACAAGUCAUCUCUUGAUGGCAAAGAACCAUUGCAACAGCUAUUUGAGUUCAAGCCUCAUAACCUGCCAGUGACUGGUUUACUUUACUUGGACCAUGCUGCAGAAACUAAUCCAUUAACCUCCGAAUAUGACAAAAACCUUGCAUUUAAUAUGCUCACUCUAGCUAGUCACAACUCAGAAAUCAAGUUGUGGAAAAUAGCUCCCGAGUCUGCCCACGCUGAAUGCCUACAAAAGUUUUCUUUUGUCCGUAACAACGUGUAUCAGCCAGAACCGUCAGCUCCCGCGUGUGUAACCCCCGCCACGUUUUACGCUAAAUACCGGUGGAUAGAUUACCCUUUAGGUCCUAACCUCUUCAAACCUUUUUUGGUUAUAACCGACAUCAAUGGUCAAACGCUCUACCUCCUGGAAAUGGGGAAGGCUAACGGAUUCGAUUCCCUGACGCGCGUCGUUAUCAAUCAACCGGUCAUCAGUUUUUCCAUUUUGAAUCUCUUCUCCGAAACUAUCGAUCUUUUCGGGAUGGAAGCUUUCGAGGGAAUGCUUCUCAACAACGACAACCUAAUCCAUAAUUUGGACUCUCACGGAUCCGUCUCGACUGCUUGUCUUGAAAUAAUAGCUCUGCAUCCCAAAUGCCUAAGAAAAUUAGUUAUACAUUUGGAAACCUCAUUGAUUCCUUCCGAUUCUAACGAAAGUGUAACUAACGUUUUGAACACUCCCGACACCAAGGAGGGCGAAACCAGUAAUUCGGUGAACAAUUUUUUUGCAAUAGACGAUCUCAUGCUCAAAGGCUCUUCUUCUAGCUCAAUUUCGGAUCAGACUAACGAUAUUUCAAAUCAGGAUACCAAGAAGGUUCGAGAGGAUAGUGACGAUAUCGAAGAUUUGCUAAGUUUCUUGCUGCAGAAGAACGAACUAAAUGGAACAGGCGAGGCGGACGUUAAAAGCAUCGCCAAAAACGAUGAUCCCAUUCAAAAAAAGAAAAUUCACGACGAUAGCACUAUGCCAAAUGAGCCCAUGCCCCUCAAACUAUCCAACAGGGAGGAUAUGAUUAAAAACCCGUCCAAUACAAAUGGAACACCCAUAAACAAUACCAACGAUGAUUCAAUCACUUCCAAGGCCUUUAUGCCCCUAUCGCUUGAUAGUUUGUUUGCUAAGAAAGACGAAUUAUUUAAAUCCACCAAAAACUCGAAAUCUAUCGCUAAUGGGCCACAAAAUCUUGAGCAAGAACACCUCAAGCCUCAGGCCACUAGCAAACCAAAGAAAUCUACCUUAACCCCGGUUAAUCUUUCGAUCUCAACUGUUUGCCCCAAUUCGGACCCAAACCUUGCCAAUAACCCUAACUCGCUCACUACCACGCCUCAUAAUCUAUCGAUAAAAAACUCAAAAGUCCUCAAUUCUACCUCUUCCAUCCUCAGCAACCCCCCUUCCAUUUUCGGCAGCCCCCCGAGUAUUACUACCCAAAUUAAAACGACCAGUGCCAAAAAAAUGCCGGCCACCAUAAACAGUAUUGCUCCUAUUCCGAGCAGCCCCGGAUUGGUCAAUAGUACCAACCUUAACAACCAUAAAGUGACGACUCUUUUGGAAAACGAAAAUAAGAGGUUAAUCGAGGCCCUCAAGGAGAUUUCGGUCUCCCAAGCCAAGCUCGCUCAAAAAAUGGACACGCUUGCAGAAGCGGUAACCGCGAUGAGCAAACGCCAGACCGAGAUGGACAAAAAAUUGACAGAGACGAAACGUCACAGUUCUAAUAGCGGAUCGGGAGAUGGGCCCGAUAAUUUAUCCAAGCAGUUAGAAAACAUUCUCAACAAACCCCAAUUGUGGAACGGUCUGAAUCACAGACUCGAAAAAACUUUGCAAUACGUUUUCAACAGCUACGUUAUACCAGAAAUCUUUAAAUCCUUCAACCAUUUGGAACAAAAAUUUACCGAAACCAUAGCCGAAUCUAACAAAUCCCAAAAGGAUACCCUAAGCCAAACUCUCAAUUCUAUAUGCACAUACAUGAAAGAUCAAAAAUCUACCUCCGGUCCUGAUAGUGCCAAAUCCACGGAACAGAGCAUUCAACGUGGCUUGCAAACGGCUCUCAAACAAAACGGCGUUCUGGAACGGUCUAUAAUAGGAGACUGCUUCAAGGUGUCCUUUUCCAACGAUAUACUACCCAAGAUAGAGGCAUUGCUUGCCGAAAUAUUCAAGCAAUUGGAGAUAAGCUUCGAACGCGGCAUGAAAGAUUUUUGCGUCUCCCUAGACCGAGCUCGGACCGACUCUGCGAGCCGUUUUGAUAAAUCGCUGGAACGGAUAUCAGCCUUGUGUGCCCAAAUGGAAAAGCUUAUCCCGCCUCCCGGCACGCAUAUCUUGAAUAACCCGCUCUCCUCCACAUUGAUUAUGAAGGAAAAAAUGGUUGCCUCCGUUCCUAGCCUUAGUCCAGACCCUCAGCAACAGACCAUCAUGGCUUAUUUCUCUCAGACCCUUAAAAUGGCGCUCUGCCAACUCCUAUCUAAAUUUCAAGAUAUCAUAAAGAAAGAAAUCAACGCGUCUACUAACCUAAUCCAAACCGAUAUUAAGACCAAUCUCAAGGAAACGCUUAACCACGAUUUAAUGGCUAUGUUUAAAACUGCCUUAAACGAAUCCAUUGUAUGCAAUGCAACGCCCCCUAUACUUAAGGAUCCCGAGGGUCUCAUGGGAAAGCCUUAUACCGUGACUAUCGAAGAUUUGAUCAAGCUAGUUGACGCGGGCAAAACAGAGGACGCUUUUAAAGAAGCCAUGUUUUACCACCUUUAUCCAACCAUUUCCCGUGACGUUGAACCAGGAUCGAAUCCUUUGGCAGCGGGAAACCACAAAAAUGGCGAUACCUUGCUGUUGGCUCUUUGCAAAAAAUUGGACCCCGUCGACCUCUUUGAGAGCCAAAAUUUGACGCGUUUGACUGUACUGGGUGUCGUGGAAAAGUUGGGGGAAGAAAUGUCUUCAUCUAAAAAUGAAGAUCUUACCCGGGACAUCGAUAUUCGAUGCCAGUAUUUGGAAGAAGGUCUCAUGGCUUUGAACGAAAAAGAGAAAAGUGACAACACCGUUGGGGACUCUCAAAUGAAUAUGUCGUUAUCGAAAUUGAGUCAAAACUUGACGAAAUGUCUACAGUUUCAGCUUACUCCAAAUCACAAGAAGAAGUUAAAGAAAAUCAAUAUGAUAGUGGAUAAGUUAUUGUUAUGAAUCUCAUAUUUUCAGAAGCAAUCAUUCCAUCCAAAAUUUAAAAAUUUUUUUUAUGUAAAAUAUAUCUGCACAAAAAAAUUUUAUGGUGAUUUUUGUGACGAAAAUCAAACUUUUAUUUUUGAUUUUUUUUUAAAAAAAAAUAUG